GUUCCUUUUGCUUUGAAAAGGAAAUUUUCUUAAGUGAUCUCUUUGUAGACAGCCACUAAUUGCCUUUGAAUAAGAUCAUUUUUACUUCGAAAAUAAUCUACAUCCCUUACCUCUAUCAGAGAAAUGGUUAAGGUAAAAAAGGUUUAUGCAAGAAAAUACAUUGCACAAAAAUCCUGUUGAAGUCCGUUAGGAAGUCUUCGUCAAGCAACAACGGAGUCUGCACAAGGGAGCCCCGAAAAGCGCACAAAAAAAUGUAAUGAACAAGAAGAAGGACAGCAAAAAAAUCAUCAGAAAUCUAUGAAAAAAGAAGCUAAAAAGAAGUGAAUAAGAAGUUCACAGUGCGUAGCAAAUAUUCAUGUGAGGCGAAAGGUACAGAUUUCUGGGCUAGUGUUUUCCCCAGUUUCUUUCAAGGGCAUGUUGUUGCAACCUGGAUGCCUUCCGCUUUUCCUUUUUAGUCAGUCUUUCUUUCCUAAUUAUGAUAUUCGCUGUUUUACAACAUUAUAAACAGGUACUCAAAAUAACAAAGAAGGUUGGAUCUUUGUCGGUUCACUUCGUCGAAACACAGUCUAUCUUAUAUCAGACUACCUUCCAUGGAGAUGCAUAUGAAAAAGUGAACUACAAUCGUAAAGUAAAAAAUAUAUAGAAUUGUUAAAGCAAUUGUAUACAACAUUACAAUAAAAAGAAGAAUGAAAAAGCCUUUGAGUAGCAUUUCUUCAUUUUAGUGACGAUAAUAUAUGCAUGUACGUAUAUACCUUUAAGACGUUUAUUAUUUCUUGAAUUUUGCAUUUAACCCAAAAAUUUCGUGUUAAGUCUCAUGCGAUACGAGCAGCAAUAGCAAUGACUUUUUGUUAUGAACACAAAGAGCCCUACCGGUUCAAUUGAAUUUAUUGUCAUUGACAUGUUGGAAGGGAUGGGAAUCGAUGUAUCAACGCCGAUCUCACAGCACCAUUCCUCUAAUAAAGAGUCACCUGGAAGUCGUUGGUUUUGUACGGAGGUGUUAAAAAGACGCUUAGCAGAGAUGCAGUAGCUAUGUGAAGAGGGUGAAGCACAGCCCGGCAGAUUCAUAAGAGACAUUAUUUGAAAAACAUUAGUGGUUCAAUCAGUAAGUCGCGACAUUUAAGCGUUCCCUCGCUCUUUUCUUUAUUCUGAUACUCUAUUCACUUGUUUCUCUCAUAAGGAUUGAUUCUAAUGAGUAAGAUUGACUACAUUUUCUUUUUAUACAAUAUUGUAUUUACAUUUUGAAUAAUUUUGGUAUACAUAUGGAAAUCUAGAGGUAGCAUUUUAAAAAGGUGGCAAUGUCAGAAGGAAGCUUCUGUUGAUGCUGUAGAAUCUUUAUAUUAUUUAUUCAUCGUCUUUAGCUAAAAAAUGAUUUUGGCAUAACUCGAGGAAUUAAAAGUUUAUUUUAUUCCUCGUAACACAUAUUCUCGUUGUAUUUUUCAAGGCAAGUAUGUUUUCGCUAUCAUGAAAUUGUGAACUUCCUUUAGGAAAAUGAAUAUGUCCGUUGGCAAUUCGUAUUCAUAUUAUGAUUAUUGUUUAUUGUUUUCUACGGUUUGUGGCCUUGAUAUAUAUUUUACCUUUUAGUUUUCUAAAACUUUUCUCUAAAAUAUCUAUCAUUUGAGUAAGCUUCACUGUGGUGUAUUUUCUGAUUACAUAAAAUUUAUCAUUGUAAAAAUAUAAUUUCAAACAGGAAAUUUUAAGAUAAAUAAGUUGAACAUAAAUAGAGGUGAGGGUUUAAAAAGAAGGAAAAGAAAAAGAUAUCAUAACCGCUGUACAUCUGAAAAUGUCUGCUCCCCAAAAGGAGGAAUCCGGUAAUGUGCAUCCGCUCAACCGCAGUUGGACGCUGUGGUACGACAGCUCAUCAACAUACAACACAGAAAGCUGGGGACUUUCCCUUGUUCCGAUCAUAACAGUGAAAACAGUUGAGGAUUUCUUCCUCAUGUUGAAAUAUAUGAAGCCACUGCAUGCCCUGCGUACGUCUGCUCAGUAUCACUUUUUUCAGGAGGGCGUGAAGCCCAUGUGGGAAGAUGAAGCAAACAAGGGUGGUGGUAAGUUGUGGGUGAAUAUCGAUCCAAAUAGUCUUGUGGGCAAUAAUAGUCAAGCCAAAGGCCUUUUGGAGGACAACACAGUGGGCGCUUCGAAUGCGAGCAGUAAUGUGGUGACGGAAAGAGAAAGGGUCGAUUUGGAUUCUAUUUGGAAAAAUGUGCUCAUGGCACUUGUAGGCGAAGCCCUUGAGGACCCUGAUGAUCCAGACCUGCAGAUAGUUGGUGUGGUGAUGGCCAAGAGAAAGUAUCACAAUCGUCUAGCCUUGUGGUUAAAGAAUGGGAACAAUGAUAGUGCAAUAGAUUCGAUUAAGAAGAGAUUGAUUCAAGAAGCGCCACUUCAUGGAUUAGCUCCCUUAGCUUUUACGAGGCACAGCGACUUGGCAGGAGGGAAAGGUUGA